UAAAAUGAAACAAAUGUCAACAAUCCAAUAUUUUUUAGUUUUCCUGUUGUGUUUGAAAUCUUCAGUAUGUUUUCUUGAUAUAGAAGAGUUCAAGAUGAUGCGCUAUGGCAUAGACAUAAAAAAUGAACCCGUUAGCAUGAAAGAACAUGUAGCUGCAGAGGACACUAGCAGCGUUCGUCUCACAUCUAAGUAUGGCCAGGUGUACCAGUGCACGUUUCCCAAUGCAGUGGACCAGGAGAAGCUGAAAGAGGAGGCGGAGAAGGUCGCCAUGGAGACCGGCAUUCCUGAUCUGCUCAAACCAAUGGAGUCAAGUCCAUGUCUUAGAAAAACAAAGGACUGGUGGAGUUAUGAGUUCUGCUAUGGGAAGUAUAUCAAACAGUUCCAUCUGGCGGAGGAUGGACGAAUUGAGGGGGAGGUUGUCCUGCUCGGUUACUUUGAGUCUGACUACAGUUAUGAUGGGGACUCAAGUCAGUCUGAGAGUAAAGCAAGUUCAUUACAACGCUACCACACCCAGCAGUAUGUCAAUGGAACCAAGUGUGAACUGAACCAGAAACUUCGCAAGACUGAAGUGCGGUUUGUGUGUGAGGAAGGUACAGCGGACUACAUACACAGGCUAGACGAGCCUGAGACGUGCUCCUACAUCAUGACCAUCCACACCAUGCUCAUCUGCCACCACCCGUUCAUGAAGCCCCCCACCCCCUCUCAGUCAGUGUCCAUCACUUGCAACCCCCUGCUGUCUGAGACUCAGUACAGGGACUAUCUGCAGCAACUUGAGGCUAAGGAGGCAGCUGAGAAGGCGGAGCGUGAAAAGGAGGCGGAGUUACAGAGACAGAAGGCGGAGGCGGAGCUAGACGAGAGGCGGAGACUGGCAGGGGAGAAGGCUAAAUACUUUCGAGAAAACCAGAUUGUGGAUGGUACUCAAGAUAGCACAGUAGAAGUGGAGGGUUCACCUGAUGUGGAGACUGAUGUAGCAGGGGAGAUAAAUAGUGGAGAGGAACCCGAUUUAAGUGAACAGUGGAACAGCAUUCUCAAGGCUUCAAGAGACACUGGUGAUGAUGCCAUGCCAGAGUCCAAUUCAGUGUUCAAGGUUAUCACUUCCCCAGAGGAAUUCAAAGAAUUCUUCAAAGAGGCUAUGGAGCAGGUGAAAAAGCUUAACACCAAAGAAGCAAAAGAUGCGCAAAUCUCAGGAAAGGGAGAUAAAGAGGAGGAAAGUGAAGAAGUCAAGGAUAGGCUUAGGAAUAUACCACCAGCUGUUGACAAGAAUGAUGAACACCCUGGUCUUAAAAAACUGGGUGAGAAGGAGGCAGACAGUGGACUUGAAGACCCAGAACUUGAAGAGUUGGACCAAGAAAUCAAUACACUUAAAGAAAAGUACAAAACCAGAAAACAGAAACUUACGGAAUACAAGCAAAAAGUGAAAUCAAGUAUGGCGCAGCAGUAUGAAGCCAUUAUCAAAGAGGCCCAGGAGGAGCUUGCCCAGGAAGGUAUAGAGACUGACCUAGAGACUCAUCAGAACAGGGAGGCCAUCAGACACCUCACCAAGGCCAUUGACGGACUGCUUGACAAGCUGGAUAAGACAGAACAAGAUAUCAAUGCAGUGAACAAGGAGUUGGAGCAGUUUGCAGAGUAUGAUGAGGCAGAGAGAGACGUGAAAUCCAUACCUCCCGUCAGGGAUGAUACCCCACCCACUCCACCUAAACAGGCAACACUCUCUGAGCCCACAGGACCUGAGGUGAAAGUUGAAGGUCAGACUGAGGGGAUAAAGGUCAAGGUCAGCAAAAUUCCCAAAGGUCAAAUGACAAAAGCCAUGGCCAGCGCUCUUGGUAACAAGCACACUGAGGCACUGGAACAGAGUGUUAAACAAGAGCUUGAGAAGGCUGGAUUUGGAAAUGGAGACAAGAUCCAGGUGAAGAUUAUCACCACUGCCUAUGACAGUAACGAUGAUACUCUACAUGUCCUCUCAGAUCAAGAAUCGGAGGCCUUUAGAAAUAUGAUCGUUGACAUGAUAGGCGGAACAUCAGAAGUUGAUCGUGAGCAAGCUAGGCAUGACCAGCUGGAAGAAAACUACAGUUUUGUGUGGGGUAGCGAGACAAAUUCUGCGGUAGUGCAGCCUAAAGACAGUGGCAUUGGUGAGGGUGAGGGUGAGGCUGAGAAACGAAUAGUGUUAGAACCUUCUACAUACAGUGAUGCAUAUGCCGACAGUACAAAUUCUAGAGCCCAGGCAGAAGAAAGCAAAGAAACUGAUCUUCCAAAGACUGUUUAAAGAAAAUAAAAAUAUAAUCAGU